ACUGCCGCGCCCGCCGGCCCCAGCAUGGACGCUGCCGGCCCGCCGCCCGCCGGCCCCGAGGGACGGGGCCCCGGGAAGGAGGAGGAGGCGGCGUACGCGGAGGUGUGCGGCUCGGCCGGAGCAGAGAGCGGGGCGAGCGGGGCGAGCGGGGCGGCGGGCGACGGGGCGGCGGUGGCCGCGGACGGCCCGGCCCCGGCAGGGCAUCGCCCCGAAGCCGCCGCCCCGGGAUGCGGCGCGGGGCCGGGGUCGCCGUCCUCCUCCUCCUGCCCCUCGGCGGGCAGCGCGGCGGGCGGCGGCGGGGCGGAGGAACCGGCGGCGGCCGGGGGCCAAACCUCCUCCUCCUCCUUGGGCUGCGAGAGCGACGAGGAGGCCGGCGCGGGGCGAGGGGCCGGCGACCCCCCCCGGAGAGCCCCCGGGGGCGCGCCCGGCGCGGCGGGGCCGCACUACAUCAGCACGCAGGAGAUCCAGCUGAGCGAAGUGGACCACGACAUGGACUUCGACGCGGGGUUGGCCGCCCGCUGGGACUUCGAGGACGACAACGUGAUCUACUCCUUCGUGGACUACGCCUCCUUCGGCAGCGACGAGACCCCCGGCGACACGGCGACGGAGGAGGACAACAGCUGCUACCUCAGCACGACGCCCAGCGAGCGCACGGCGCGGGCGGACAGCGCGGGCAGCGGCAGCGAGGCGGCGGGCGGCAGCUCGGGCAGCGACGCGCCUCGGCGGCCCGGAGGCGCGGGAGCGAGCCCCGCGGGCCACAUCCUCCUAUCAAUCAAAGCGGCCUCGCGGGCUAUAAAUGAGUGUAGCGCCGCGCGGGAAGAGCGCGACGCAAUCUACGCCGCCGAGCAUGAAGGCGACAUGAGCCUCCGCGUCGCCGCGGCCCCGGAGCGCGCGGCGGGCUUCGGGCAGGACGCCGGCCGCCAGCACGCCAAAAAGUUCAUCGCCGUCCCCGCGCGCCUGCAGACGCGCUGCGGGGCCAGGGAGGCGGGCGGCUGCUCCAGCGGCGCCUCCAGCGCCGUCAGCGAACUGGACGACGCCGACAAGGAGGUGCGCAACCUGACGGCCCGCGCCUUCCGCAGCCUGGCGUACCCCUACUUCGACACCCUCAGCCUCGGCUCCCGCGCCUCCUCCGCCUCCCUCUCCGACCAUGCGCUGGGCGUCAACCGCUGGUCCACCUACCUGGACCUCAAGUGCGGCGCGCUGGGGCCGCGGGGCGCGACGGGCGCCGGGCAGCUGUGCGUGCGCUCCGGCAAGACUCCCAGCAGAGCGCUGCAGUUCGUGGUCAGCAAGCUGGACGGCGAGAUCGCGCACGUCGAGGCGCCGCCGCCGCCCCGGGGGACGCUCGGCAUGCGGGAGCCCGGCCGGGCCGCCCGCCUCGGUGAGGAGGAGGCCAGCAAGAAGUCCAAGUUCGCUUCCAGCCUGCUGAAGAACGUCAUCUCCAAGAAGAUGCAGCUGGAGCACGAGUUCAAGAUGGAACGGGGCGAGCUCACCGACACGUCCUCGGCGGGGCCCGGCGCCGCGCCGCCAGCCGCCCGCGACCCGGAGCCCGGCGCUGGGAGCGGAGGCGGCGGGCGGCCGCGGGAGGGCGGCGUGCAGCGGCAGAGCUCGCGGCUCUCGGAGGGAGGCUCGGAGCACGGCGCGCCGCCGCCAGAGGAGCCGGGGGAGCGCGGCGGCGGGCGCUCGCCGGCCUCCAAAGCGUCGACGCCGCGCGAGGGGAGCCAGGAGAGAGCUGCGGCGGAGGAGGCGGCCGAGGCCCGGCGGGGCGGCUCGGAGGCGGCCAGGGCCACCUUCCUGCGCAGCCAGCACAGCGCCUUCAGGUCGUGGAAGGAGCGGGAGGCGGAGAGCAGGGAGGAGCGGGCGCCCGGCGGCAAGGCGAAGCCGUCCCCCCGGCCCGAGCCGGGCGAGCCGGCCGCCGGCAAGGCCACCAAGCUGUCGCGCCUGUUCGUGCCCGGCAUCCAGCACGCCGCCAAGGAGAAGGAGCCCGCCGGGCAGCGCCCCGCCGCCGCCGCCUCGCCGCCCGCCGCCAAGCCGCGGCUCCCCGAGAUCAAGAUCAGCCUGGGGCCGCCCGCCGAGCCGCCGUUCAGCAUCGCGCAGCUGCUGACGCCGCAGCUGGCCGCCCGGCCGCCCGACGCCGGCCACAGGGCUCCGCGGGCCGACGGCGCUGACAGGGUGCCGCAGUUCCUGGUGCGCGACGUGCGGGAGGGCAAGGGCAAAGCGCAGGCUCCCCUGCAUCAGGUGCGGGACGUGCGUAAGCUCAUCAAAGGCUCCCACGGCGGCGACGCGGCGGAUAACGGCAGCGACAGGGGCAGCGUGGGCUCCGAGCAGGGCGGCGCCGAGCACCGGCAUCCCGGCCCGGCCGAAGCGGGGGGCAAAGCGACGGCGGCGGGGGGCCGGGCGCUGGGCUGCCCGCCGGAGGGCACCGUGCUGGUGCACCGCACCUCGGGCCGCCUGCCCGUGGCCACCAUCGCGCCCAACAAGAGCGACCCGCGGCAGCCCGCCGUGCUUAAGAUCGUCGCCAAGUCGGCCGCGCCCUGGCGGCACCAGGCGGCCCCGGCGCCCGCCGAGAAGGGCCGCGGCGCGGAGGAGGACACGCGGGAGGAGGGCAAGGCGGCUCCGGUGCAGAACGCGCUGGAGAAGCUGACGGCGGCGGUGCGCAGCAUGGAGGAGCUGUACAGCUUCAGCAAGCGCGAGUGGAAGCGCAAGAGCGACCCGCUGCCCAUCACCGGCAGCCACGUCCUGUCCCUCAUCGCCAGCCAGGAGCGCGACGCCGCGCCCCGCCCGCCCCUCCCCGCCGAGCCGCCGCCCAAGGCCGAGGAGCCGGCGAACAAGGGCCCGGGCCCGGCGGGAGGAGAGCGUCUGCCGCGCCGCGCCGCCAACCCCGCCGCCGCAGCCGACAAGGUGUCCGCCAAGGCGGCCGCCUUCGAGAGCCUGGCCCGGCAGCGCCAGCGCGGCCCCGCGCCGCCCCGCGCCCUCCUCACGCUCCGGGGCCCCGCCGCCGCCGCGCCGCCCGCCAAGCCCCCGGCGGACGGCGGCGUGCGGGGCCCCGCGACGGCGGCGGCGACGGCGGCGUUGGCUCCGCGACCUCCGCGGCUCCCGGCGGGCGGCGGCGACGGACGGGCGGAGCCGGAGCGCGCCGCGGACUGCGAAGGCUACCUGGCCCUGCCGCUCGCCGCCGCGCGACCCGGGCCCGCCCCGGCGGCGGCGGCGGCGGCGGCGGGCGGCGGCCGCCCCGCCCCGGUGCCCUUCGGCGCCGCCCCUCCCGCGGGCAGCCCCGGGCUGCCGUCCGCCGCCGACGCCUCCGCCGCCCCGCCGUCCCCGGACGCCGCGGCCGCUCUCUUCCCGCCGGCGCUGCCGCCCUUCGCCGCCGCGCCGCCGGCACCGUUUUUCUGCUUCUCGCCGUCCGUGGCCGCGGCCGAGCCGCUGCCGCAGCGGCGGGUGCUGCUGGACGUGAGCAGCGGGCAGUACUACCUGCUGGACGCGCCGCCGCAGCAGCCCGCCAAGCGCCGCCUCUUCGACCCCGAGAGCGGGCAGUACGUGGAGGUGCCGGUGCCGCCGCCCGCCGUCGCCCCGCUGCCGCUGCCCCUGUCGCCCCUCGCCCUCAACGCCGGAGCCUUCGGGGCCGCCUACAUGCUGUACCCCGGGCUGCUGCCCGCCGCCGCCGUGCUGCCCGCCGGCGCCCUGCCGCGCCCGCUCUCCCACCCCGGCAGCGAGGGCAGCGGCGCGGCCGACCCGGGCAGCCCGGCGGAGCCCGAGGGCCCCUACUACUUGCCCGGCGGGCAGGGGCCGGCGGCGCGGCGCGGGACGGCCGAGGCCAAACCGCUCGUCAGCAUCACGGCGCCCGGCGGCGGCCCGCGGCUCGUGGCACCGCCCUCCUUCGACGGCACGACCAUGCGGCUGGUGGUGGAGCACCGCUGAGCGCCGGGCUAAGAAAGAAGGAUCACUCUGCUUUAAUUGAAAUACGCCUGGUAACCCCAAACACUCAUCCUAAAAACUGCUUCUACCAUUUUCUAAUAUUUUUGCUUCAUACAAAACAAUUGUGUAAGUUUGUUUCCUCAACGAC